UACUUUCCUUACCAUAAAUAAAGAUGAUUUGUCUAAAAUUUGAAUACUGAUGUACUUGAUAAAGUCGAAAGUCUCUCGUGGAUACCGUCAGCUGCUUCAUGUAUUUGAAGUGAUAAGGUUCAAACAGUUAAACAUUGGCUUUUGACGUGUACCCAGCUCCGCUAUAACCAUCUUCUUACAAGUUAACAGUGCUGUGGAAAACGGCUCUUUUGACUUUGGGAAUUUGUCGCAUUUAGAUUACUUGGCCAUCAGCAGAAGCAACAAUAAUUCUAAUCCCAAACAAAAAAUAUCUUUACAAGAUAUACAACUGAUUGGGAUCAUUCUAUAAGGUAAAUUUCUCUCUACAACACAUCUUGGAAAGGUUAUCUAUGUGAACUAGACAUUUUCAGCCGUUUAGUUUAUGAACAACCUUCCGUAGAUGGGCUGUAUGCCAUAUCUUAAACAUUGCAUGACCACAURGUGGUAUAACUACUCCUUAUUGGACGAGAUAAUAUUGAUUAUGGAAAUAAAUGUACCAUCUGGAUCAGGUACSUCUUCAAUCAAUUAUUAUCUUAAGCAAACUUGAACUUUUUGAUUAAAAAACGAAGAUUCCAACUGAGUAAUCGAUCAAUCAAAAGACAGAUGAACCGACCGUUCAUUUUAUUGAAAUCUGUUUUUUAAACAACAACAACGACAACAACACCAAAAUGUGAUGAAUUUAAAAUUUCUUGUCCUAUAGAUAACAUGAGCGCGAAGUCGAUAUUUGUUUUGAUAUAAAAGAGGUAUUUAUCCAUUUUUUUCUGUAAAGCAUGCGUCCGUAAAAACUGAAGCAGGUAUUGAACUCCACACUGCCAUGUUAAAUACAUGGAACGUGUGAUGAUUGACAUACUUAACAUACAUUUUACCUCUUUUAUAUCGUUACCUUCAGUAAAACAGUAAAACAUGAAAUUACCAUUUUUAUCRAUAUUUAUCGCCUUUUCAKAGUCCGUUCCUACCCACCACACGGUUUARAGCAAUGUGGUCCAUUUCUUGGCUGUAUGUCCUAGAGGCAGUUGUCAUAGUAGCAGGAAACWUYAUCACCAUCGUGRUAUUCACAACUACUCCUCGUCUGCGACGUCGACAGUAUGUACUCAUGAUCAGCCUAGCUGUAGCUGAUCUACUUGUAGGGCUGGUGUCCGUCCCUAUGCAUAUCGGAUUUGAAGAAGUUCCAAUUUUGAAGAAAUCGUAUACGUAUUUAAUGGUUUACUUUUUUGAAGACCUUCUUUUUGGAUCAGCAUCUUUGAUUUUCUUGGCAUUGCUKGCCAUCGAACGAGCACAUGCAACAUACUUUCCGUUCARACACAAUACACUGGGCAAAGUCCCUUAUAUUAUAGGGAUUACAUUAGCAUGGUUACUUGCUGUCCUCUCAGGGUUGUCAUCAUAUUUAAUCGCUACCGAUCUGUUCUUCUAUCUCAUCAUGAAAUUUUCAAGUAUUCUAAUUCUAUUGAUGAUUAUAUGCGGUGCUUAUGUGCUAAUCCUUGUGAAAGUUCGUUGCUGGGGAAUGACAUCGAACCAAGAGAUUAACCAAGAGAAUAAGAAACUGACAACKACCCUUGCAAUUGUAACYAUCAUCAGCUUGGCCACAUGGWUCCCUUACAAAAUAACGCUUGCAUAUAUAGCARUUUAUCCUCGAUCGAGUGCAUCGAAAGCUUAUUGGUUGGCCCGAAACAUCUGCAAAGUGCCUCAUUAUGCCAACUCACUUGCCAAUUUCUUUGUGUAUGCAUUGCGCAUGCGUGAGUUCAGAUCGGAAUUAAUGCGAAGAUUCAGGUGUUCAAAGAAUCGAAUCUUCCCACAUGGUGGGGUUGAAAUGGUAAGCAAGGUCAAACCCAAUUGCGACAUUGAACAGAAUACAAAAACAAUUAGUUCAUGAYUCUCCAUGAUCGGUUUCAAUAUUUAUAAAAGACGCGUCCAAUGACAUGUUUCUGAGGAUUCGGCAAAAGCAGCUGCAUUUUUAAGAUUUUAUAGAAGUUAAGAUUUUGAGCUCUGUGCGAAAUUGUAAAAUACAGUGAAAAGAAAAGUAGCGGAAAUCAUCCAAUCAUAGUUACGACAUAGGCGUUGAGUAUAUACUUGUAAAUAGAUAAACAGCUUUGGAAUACUCCAGUUUCGAGUUCAUAGCGAAA